AUGGCAGAGGCGGCUUCCUCCUCGGCAGGCGGAGAUCAGCACGCUGCCGACAGGAAGCGGUUGUCGAUGCAUCAGCCCGCCGGCGCCGUCGAGAUGGAAGAUCUCUCCCAGGUCGACCCGACGCCCGCCAAUCCCGACACCAAAAUAACACAGGAUCACGAUGCCGAAGACAGACCGAUCCCCGUCCCCGAAAAGGAUAUACCAGUCGCUGAGACAUCCUCGAAAGCACAGGGCAAAGCUCGAGCCACAGGCGAAGACCAAGACCUCACGAUCGACCCCGUGGAGAGCCCAGGAGGCGACGCGAAGCCGGCACUUGGCAUCAUGCUGCUACUACCGACGGGUGCUCGCCAUCCCUUCCGGAUCGACGAGAAGUACCUCACCAAGCGAAACGUCACCGUCACAGACCUCACAGAGGACGGCAAGGUUGAUCCGUCCAGCAUCACAGUCUACACCCUGAAGGAGCUGAUACUGAGAGACUGGCGGAGGGAGUGGGAUGACCCGCCGAGGGAGCCCACCAGCAUACGGUUGAUUCACUUUGGCAAGAUGUUGAGUGACAGGGACCAGCUAAGUCAUUACAACUUCAGCCAGACGGCCAAUAAUAUUGUCCACAUGACAGUCAAACCCCAAGACCUCAUCGACGAAGAAGAAGCAGCCAAGCAGGUCAAGACCUCUUCGCAUGGUGGCCGAAGUGGAUGUUGUGUCAUCUUAUGA